UCUACGUCGCAUACUACAAACAACACAACGGCAUUGCGCUUCGCAUCACGCCAACGCCGCGAGCGUACUCAUUUUCUCUGUAUUCUUCAAUCCCCCCUCUGGGUGACAUGAAUUGGCCAUAAUUGAACCCCAAUCUGCAAGUCCUUAUCUGCCAACAUGGCUUCUGAUGAGCAACCAGUAACGCAACCUUUGCGCAUUUCUAAGAACAACACACCCAUCACAUCGCCAAUUAAGAGUAGCAUUCCUCGUCCGCUAUCUGAAAUAUCAGCCACAGAACAGCGACGCAAUUCCCCAAGCUGGACCGGAUCUCCAAAGAAAAUGGGUCUCAACACCGACUCAUCGCCAUUCCAAUCAUCCCCCUUGGACAGCACCAGUUCCCCUCGUCUUUUCUGGCAGAAUCGCAAUGCUAAUGGCAGGCCGGAAAACGAUCUCUAUGCUGGUCGCAAUGGAUCUCCUUCGCCAAAUAGGCGCUCUUCUAUUGAGCGCCUGCAAAAGGCAUCUCGCGUAAAGAACAGCACCAUGUUUGCCCGGGAGCAAAAGCUAGAGUAUGACCCGACACGUAUACCAACAAUUGAGCGCCCUCUCGCUAAAGUCCAGGGCAAUGCGUUCACUGGCAGCGGUGUCCCUGGCCUUCGACCAAGCCAUAUUCGUUCCGAAAGUCAAAACAGUGUCCAGAAUAGUGGUUCCUACAGCCCUACCAAGGGUAGCUCUCGGCCAAUGCCGGGCGUUACUAGCCCAGGAUCCCCAAGCAAAGAACAAUUCUCUCCCAUGAAGUCAUCCUUAUCCUCAGCUCGGUUCAAGAGCAGUCAAGAUUCCCAGACUGACGAUGUCUUCUCUGACCCGGCGUCCGAAACCCACGAGCUUCCAAGCGGUAAAUCACUCCACCGGCAUGCUAAAUCUGUCACCUUUGAUGCUGCACCACCUCAAAUCAAUGAAUAUGAGAUGGCAACUCCCGACCUGUCCUCGAUUGGAACCAACUCUCGAGAAGGCAGCUUUGAAGACGACGAGGAUGAAGACUAUAUCUAUGGCCAUUAUCCUGGAGAAGAUGGUGAAGUGCAAGACGAUAGUUUCGACGCCACUCUGGAAGACACGGAUAAGACCCCUGUCGUUGGUCCUGAUGAUUGGCGUCAGGACAGAGAUGCGCGCUACGACAGCAGCCCUAUGCCUGAAGGCACUUUAGCACAAGCAUCCUCACCACAGUCACAGCAUUGUCGAACGGACUCGUCUGCUUCUAGCAGCGACCAUCGACCGCUCCCCCCUCUUCCAGGAAUGGGCCACGCGCGAUCUCAAUCAGCGUCUUCUUCUAACGGACUCUCUGCCACAGCAGAGCGUAUGCUUGGCUCUCCCCGAAGUCUCCCCUCGCCGCCACCAGCUUCGGUAAGCAAGUCCGAGCUACACAACAUCGGCAAUGGCAGCAUGUCUUUGGAGGAGCGGCUAAAGCUCAUGAUGCUCGAUGAGACUAGCCCCAAAUCUGAUGCCAGCUCGAAGACCUUCGCGGAACAACAACGAGAGCGUCGAAUGCGACGAGCCGGAGCUCGUGAAAGAGUUACGAGUCCUACCCCUGACCAUGAAAGGCACGAAGAGCUUGAUGGUGUAACUAGUGAGGAAGAUGACACACUGGGUGAUCUAUCCGGACUUGACAUGGAUUACCAACUUCCAAGCAUCUCUCGCCAAUCCAUCCUUCGACGUGUUAAUGGCAAUAAGACGAUGGAGCGGGAGUCUGAUUUUACUUUCAACUCGCCGGGUCCAGACUCGAGUCUUGCUCACGCAGCUCCUUACGACCCCGAUGUCCCUAUUGCUAGCAUCGAAGACUCUGUUCUUGAUGAUAUCACAGAGCAAAUGGAGGAUAGCGUAGUAAUUCAUGAGACUGAGGAUGACAAAGACGAUGUAUACGAUCUAUACCAACGAUCUGAGGACGGUGAAGACGGCGAUGAUGGCUCGGAUGGAGAUGAUGUAUCACAGAAGGAUGAGCAUGAUGAGCAUGAUGAGCAUGAUGAGCACGACGAUGAUACGGACAGCCAAAGCCAUUACUCAGAUGAGAUGCACAAGCCGCAGCCUGCAGCCGGCCAAUCUGUGGAAGAUCAAGUGACAACUCCUCGAGCAGUUAGCCCCGUGUCUGAAGGCGGCAUCACGAAUUUCAGUGCGACGCUACCGCAGAUAAAUAAUCCGUAUAAGGAUGCGGAAUUUACGCGCAGCUUGCAGUCGCACAUGCUACCAAGGCCCAAGGACGCGGGUGCCCUUACUUAUUCAGAGAUUCGUAAGACGUCUGACCCACAAGUCCAUCUGCAACGGCCCGCCACCCCACCAAAGUUGUUUUCAAAGCCUGAGUAUGAUGGCUCCGGUUGGGGCGAGCCCGAAGACGAAGAUGAGGAGGAAGAAGAACCCGGCACUCCUGAAUCCGUUAUUCAUCAUCCUGUCCCCGAUGACGAAGAGGACGAAACAGAGGACGAUGUAUCAGAGGAAGAAGAAGAUGAAGAAGAAGAAGAGCUAGAGGAGGGAAUAUCCUUAUCUGAGGAUGAUCUUGAGGAUUUUCUCAUUGAAUCCCCGGCAAUUCCAGAGCGAGAAGCAACCAUUAAGUCCACCUCCGGAUCUAAGCUCAAGACUCGCCCUUCCGCAACUCCUUCUGAUAUUAUGGCCAUGCGCGAAGCCCGUAGACAAGUAAGCCGCGAGAUAGCGCCAAUAGUCCCCCCCAUUCCAGAGCGACAUCGUAGCCGGCUCUCUCAUGACCUAGCACCUGGCCAUCUUGAGGUCCCUACUGGUGACGAUUUCCUCGAACGUCAUCCCAGCUUCAAAGAGCGGAGCCUAACUCUGGACCUCGAUUUGGGACUUAGCCUCGAUCAGGAUUUCGAGAGGGUUAUCGAGGCACAAAAGCGCGGUUACCUGAUGCGCCAAAAUACAAAGCUUGUGACUGCCAGUGACAAAGAAACUGACGAAACACGACCCGGAACCCGAUCAGCAGGUAACUCACCAAUUAAGCAGCAGAGGCCACAGUCGUGGACUGUUGAGCCUUGGAACGGUAAGCACAGAAAGAGUAUCAAGAAGCGACACGGCCCGAGCAUUGGUGGUCAGGUGCCACCUUUGCCUGGCCGAGAGAGCAACGCAACCGGAAUGAACUCGCUGCCCGAAGAAGAGGCUCCUGAGCUGGCCACUGAAGAAUGUGGUGAGAGAGGAAGACUGUUUGUGAAGGUGAUGGGUGUGAAAGAUCUUGACCUUCCCCUACCCAAGAAUGAACGAACAUGGUUCAGCCUUACCCUGGACAAUGGUGUACACUGUGUCACCACAUCUUGGCUCGAGUUGGCUCGCAAUGCACCGAUUGGCCAGGAGUUUGAGCUUGUUGUCCCUAAUGAACUUGAAUUUCAACUUACCCUCAACGUAAAGCUGGAACGACCCGCCCCUCAGGAUGUCCCACUCUCACCCACCAAAGUAUCAAAGCCUAAGUCUUCGGCCUUUUCUCGCGUCUUUGCAAGUCCCAAGAAGCGAAAGGAAAUGGAGGCUCGCCAGCGUGCGGAGGAGCAAGCGUAUGCUCAAGCUCAGCGAGAUGCUGCUGCUAAACAGAGAAGUGUUGUGCCUACUGCUUGGGAUCUACUCUCCCCACUCGCAGCUGAUGAUGGUACCUUCGCGCGCUCCUAUGUCUGCCUUAAGGAGCAUGAGUCGCGUUGCUAUGGUCGUCCUUACAUGGUUGAGAUUGCUGCCUUCAAUGAGUGGGCUACCGAAGAAGCUGCCUUUGCCAGUAGCGUCAAGAGCAAGCGUGCUGGAGUUCCCAGCAACUCAGUCGUUCGUCGAGCACCUUACAAGAUCGGCAAACUCGAAGUACAGCUACUCUUCGUGCCACGACCCAAGGGCUCCUUGGAUGACGAAAUGCCUAAGAGCAUGAACAACUGUAUCCGAGAACUCAAGGCUGCUGAGGAGAGACUGAGCAGAAACUGGGAAGGCCACUUGAGUCAACAAGGCGGUGACUGCCCUUACUGGCGUCGUCGUUACUUCAAGCUUGUUGGCACCAAGCUUACUGCCUAUCACGAGACCACACGUCAACCUCGUGCGACAAUCAACCUCUCUAAUGCCAAGCGUCUCAUUGAUGACCGUCGACAACUAGUUGACCCUGAGACUACCGGUCGCGGUGGCAAGAGACGUCGUUCUGCAUUCGCAGAAGAGGAAGAGGGCUACAUGUUUGUCGAAGAAGGCUUCCGUAUCCGCUUCAACAAUGGCGAGAUUAUUGACUUUUAUGCCGAUACCCGCGAAGACAAGCACGGUUGGAUGGAUGUCUUGGGUGAUGUCAUCGGCCGAGUUGGCGAGGAAGAGGACAGUGGAAAUGCCCCUACUGGUCGUCGCAAGUGGUGUGAACUUGUCCUCAAGAGGGAAGAGAUGCUUCGCAAGCGUGCUGACAGUAGACGAGUUCAUUCAAGGACUAAGAGCAUGAUUGUCUAAACGUCUGACCUGGCCGCGGCAAGUGUUCACCAUUGUUAUCUGGCCACAGAAAAUGAGAAAACGAAAAUCAUGCCCGAUAUGAUAAUGCACAUGUUGAUCUGCGUAUGACUUGAUGAUCAGCAUUACGGCACGGCUACACUUUCGCUUUUCCACCCUGCCAUCCAAUUCUUCACAAGGUUUGUUCAUUCAGAAGCCUGCAUUGGCUGUCUUGAAUGGACUAUUGCUGCACCACCGUUUGCUGGUCAGCCAUUACACGCAACACACCCCUCUUUCCCCUGUUUAUGGAGGUGUUGGCUUUGCCUCAGAAAAGCUCUUUCAUUGUACAUUUCUAAUUAAUCACUGUCUCCCCCCCU